AUGAAAUCACUGACUUGGAUCUUGGGCCUUUGGGCUCUUGCAGCGUGUUUCACACCUGGUGAGAGCCAGAGAGGCCCCAGGGGACCAUAUUCACCUGGACCACUGGCUCCUCCUCCUCCCCCACCACCUUUUUCUUUUGGACCAGGAUUUGUUCCACCACCCAGUCCUCCACCCUAUGGUCCAUGGAGAAUUCCACCACCCCCUCCUAUACUCUAUGGUCCAGGGAGAAUUCCACCACCCCUUUCUCCACCCUAUGGUCCAGGGAGAAUCCCACCACCUCCUCCUCCACCCUAUGGUCCAGGGAGAAUUCAACCACCCCCUCUUCCUUCUCCUUAUGGCCCAGGUUAUCCACAGCCACCUUCCCAACCAAGGCCCUAUCCACCUGGACCUCCAUUUUUCCCUGUAAUUUCUCCAACUGAUCCUGCCCUCCCUACUCCUGCACCCUAA